GGGUAAUCUGUGCGAAAUGUGUGUAAAGACUACAUUUCGUACCAAAGAAUAACAGACAUGGACACCGCUAUCGUCAAAGUAGAUGCGAUAAUUUAACAGAUUAGUUUUUCCUACAAGGAAUGGAGAUCGAUGAAAUUGAUAGUAACCAGCCUGGACAUGUACAGAGAGUUAUUAGCAAAUUUGAAGAGCUUUUACUCCAGCGAAUUGAAGUGAAGGAAGAAGUUUGUGAUGAGGAGACAAGUGAUAUCGAUGUUCCGAGCACGCAAAAGGACACUAAUAAUGAAGCGAAUAAAUCAGCAGAAUCAACCAAUUGUAGCCUUUGCACUCUGAAUGGAGAGCAUCGAGCAGCAUCCUGCUUCUGUACUUCUUGUGAGAUACCUGAACCAUUGUGUGAUGAAUGCAGUCGACAUCACAUUCGACAGAGGAAUAUGCGAGACCAUUCACUCUCAACUGAUAUAAAAGCUUUUAUCACUUACCUAGAAAAUAAUGUCAUUAACUGCGAACUGUGUCUUCUUGAUGGUGAGCAGAGAGCUGCCACUUCCUUCUGUCUAACAUGCAAAGAACCGGAAGCACUUUGCAAAGAUUGUGCCGCUCAACAUAUAAAACAAAAAGCGUUCAGAAGUCACCAGAUCACCAAUGAUAGAGCAAAGUUACCAAAAAAGAAGAAACUCUUGUGCGAGCCAUGCACUACUGAAGGAGCUAAAACUCGAGCUGAUUCAUUUUGUAAAGACUGCGAUGAGCCGGAACCUUUGUGCAAGAAUUGCGCCGUUGAACACAUCAAACAACGGCAAUUCAGAAACCAUUCAAUUUGUGGCGAUAUAAGUCAAAUUCCUCUGAAACAAAUGAAAAUUUUAGAGUUUUAUGCACCCUAUGUAAGGAAGAAGGCACAGAUACUGAAGCUACCUGCUUUUGUAAAGAUUGCGAUGACCAAGAACCUCUGUGCCACAAAUGUGCCAGACAGCAUACGCGACAGAAAUUUUUCCGAGGACAUAAUCUAUGUAAAGAUCUAUCACUUUUACAAACUUUAG